AGGUAAUGGGCUUGUUUCUCUCGAAUCCGACUCCAAACUCCUCGUGUAUGUUCUUUUCUUGAUAAAGAGGCGACCUUUGAAGAUCGCCCACUUGAUUCCUUUGCUUCCGAUUCCCAAAUCCGUGAUUACAUUGGAAGCCCGCUUCAGUCUCUCUUCUACAGAGAGAGAAGAGAGAUAAUUUUGGGGGCAACAAAAAUGGCAGAAGAAUUACUUGAAGGUACGGUUCAGAAUCUACUGGAUCAAGAGACUCUAAAAUGGGUUUUUGUUGGCGGCAAAGGCGGUGUGGGAAAAACCACCUGCAGCUCCAUCCUUUCGAUUCUUCUCUCCCGUGUCAGAUCCUCUGUUUUGAUUAUCUCCACCGACCCCGCUCACAAUCUCAGCGAUGCCUUUCAGCAGAGAUUCACCAAGGCUCCCACCUUGGUUAAUGGAUUCUCCAAUCUCUAUGCUAUGGAAGUGGAUCCUACUGUGGAAAAUGAAGAAGUCGGCGAGGGGAUGGAUGGCUUAUUUUCCGAGCUAGCUAAUGCUAUUCCUGGAAUUGAUGAGGCAAUGAGCUUUGCAGAGAUGCUGAAAUUAGUACAAACAAUGGAUUAUUCUGUAAUUGUGUUCGACACUGCUCCAACUGGCCACACUCUUCGGCUGUUGCAAUUUCCAUCAACCUUAGAGAAGGGACUUUCAAAGAUAAUGUCUUUAAAAAGUAGAUUUGGAGGUGUAUUGAGUCAGGUGACCCGAAUGUUUGGAGUUGAUGAUGAGUUUGGUGAGGACGCAAUUCUGGGAAGGCUGGAAGGAAUGAGAGAUGUGAUCGAACAAGUUAAUAGGCAAUUCAAAGAUCCUGAUUUGACUACAUUUGUGUGUGUCUGCAUUCCUGAGUUUCUCUCUCUUUACGAAACAGAGAGACUAGUUCAAGAACUCACCAAGUUUGAGAUCGAUACUCACAAUAUUAUCAUUAACCAAGUAAUUUACAAUGACGAAGAUGUUGAAUCCAAGUUGCUGAAAGCGAGAAUGCGAAUGCAACAGAAGUAUCUCGACCAAUUUUACAUGUUAUAUGAUGACUUCCACAUCACCAAGUUGCCAUUAUUGCCUCAAGAGGUGACUGGGGUUGAAGCUCUGAAGGACUUUUCAGGUAAUUUUGUGAGCCCAUAUGAACCAGCGACUAGCAGAGACUCGGUGGAAGACUUGGAGAGGAAAAUAUCAACGUUGAAACAGCAGUUGAACGAUGCUGAAGCUGAGCUUGAUAGAAUUAGAAAAGGGAAGCAAAAGGCCUAAAAACAAUACCCUUUCUUUUCCCCAACUCCCUAUUUUCUUUGCUUUUGUUUUUCCUUAUUACUUAAGAAUUUCUUCUUGGAGAUUAUAAUACCGAAAGUGUUUUAUUAGAACAAAUGCUGCUGCGUAGACUUGGGAGGACCAUUUUUACUGUAUCGAUUUUCUGGUCAAUAUAGUUCAUUCAUUAUUCCA